CCGUGUGUGUCAAGGGUGAUGCCAACAGAUGCUGGACCCAGGAAGCUCUCUACCCCAAGCCAACCCGAAAGGCCUCCAGGGACUGGCUUGCAACAGCUGGACUUGAUCACCAGCUUGCAGAGUGAGGUCACACAUCUGGUGGAAUAACAAGCGAACUUUACUUUCCGGCUGUUUUUAGAGGAUUUUCACAGCAGCGUCUAGAAACCAGGAGAUCACCACCUGAACCUUCGAGCCUUUUUCGAGAGGCCCAGCAUCGGAGAGGCCACCCCUGGGUGCUUUACAGGACGAUGCUGGCCCUUCGGGGAGCUUCUGCUUUCCUGGUUCUGUUCCUCUCAGCAUUUCGGCCUCCGCCACAGUGCGCUCAGGACCCAGGCAUGGUGCACUACAUCUACCAGCGCUUUCAAGUCUUGGAGCAAAGACUGGAAAAAUGUACCCAAGCAACGAGGACAUACAUUCAAGAGUUCCGCGAGUUCUCGAAAAAUGUAUCCGUUAUGCUGGGACAGUGUCAGACCUACACGAGUGAGUAUAAGAGCGCGGUGGACAACCUGGCCCUGAGGGUGGAGCGCGCCCAGCGGGAGAUUGACUACCUGGAGUACCUGCGAGAAGCUGACCUGUGCGUGGAAUCGGAAGAGAAGAUGCUGGCAGAAAAGCUCGUCCAAGAAGCUGAAGAAGAGAAAAAGAUUCGGACUCUGCUGAAUGCAAGCUGUAACAACAUGCUAAUGGGCAUAAAGUCUCUGAAAAUAGUGAAGAAGACUACAGAUACAGAUGGCUCUUGGAUGAAAGAUGCUGUCAGCGACUCUCCAAAGGUUUAUUUCUUUAUCGGAUCCAGAAACAACACUGUUUGGGAAUUUGCAAACAUGCGAGCACUCAUGGAGGAUAGCAAAAAGCCAGGCCCCCGGAAGCUGAUCUUAACCCAUUCCUGGCAGGGAACAGGCCAAGUGAUCUACAAAGGUUUCCUAUUUUUUCAUAACCAAGGGACUCCCAAUGAGAUAAUCAAAUACAAUCUGCAGAAGAGGACUGUGGAAGAUCGAAUGCUGCUCCCAGGAGGGGCAGGCCGAGCACUGGUCUACCAGCACUCCCCAUCAACUUACAUCGACCUGGCUGUGGAUGAGCACGGGCUCUGGGCCAUCCACUCAGGGCCAGGCAUCCACGGCCAUUUGGUUCUCACGAAACUUGAGCCUGGCACACUGGGAGUGGAACACUCAUGGGACACCCCAUGCAGUAGUCAGGAUGCCGAAGCUGCAUUCCUCUUGUGUGGGGUUCUCUAUGUGGUCUAUAGUUCUGGUGGCCACGGCCCACAUCGCAUCACCUGUGUCUAUGACCCACGGGGCACUAUUAGCAAGGAGGAUCUGCCCAACUUGUUCUUUCCCAGGCGGCCAAGAAGUCAUUCCAUGAUCCAUUACAAUGCCAGAGAUAAGCAGCUCUAUGCCUGGAAUGAUGGAAACCAGAUCAUUUACAAGCUCCAGGCAAAGAGAAAGCAGCCUCUGAAGUAAUGCAUUACAGCCCAGAGGGAGAGCGCCUUGGCCAUGGAAGCUGUUCUCCAGGACAUCGAGGCCACAGCCCCUUUACAAUGCUGUAUCCCUCUCAUCACAUACAGUGAAGUUGGAAUGCACAUGCAUCCUCCCAGAUGUUACUGCCUUAGAGAUCUUUCAAGAGCUUAAAUGAGAGUCCGUCAUUUCAGAAAUUUUCAACAACUCCCACUACCCAUCCAACUUCCCGGCACUCAAGGCCCUGCACAUUUUGAUUCAGUUUACUUUCAGCCUUUUCUUUUACUAGCAUUUCCUCUAACUCUAUCCACCCCACCCCUCCAAGCAGCUAGAAAUGUAGACCACCCCCAAAUACUCCUGGCUUUUCUUGCCUCUGGCCUUUGAUCAAACUCUUUCCUCUUUCACAAAUGCCAUUUCUUCCAUUUUUAUCUCCUAACUAAAGCACUAUUCCUUAUUGAUGUUUCAUCUCAAUUUCCCCAGCUCUGCCUCUCCACAAAGCUAGGUAGAUGUAGUAAUAAGGUACACACUUUAACAUUUGAAUACUACCUUCCAAGAACAAAGUUUGCACCUUUGUUACAUCAUUUAAUUCUUAUCUUGGUCUUGUAUGCAGAACAAAUCUUUAUUAGUUGCCAUUGUAGAGAUAAGAAGAGCUUAGGUGAGCCAUUUGAAAUAACAGCUACAAAAUGAAAGAUAGAGCUAUAAAAUACUGCAGAUCCCAUAGUUUUUUCAUUGCCCAAGGAAGCAUCAAAUAUGUAUGUUUGUUCACCCAAUCUUUCCUGAGCAAUACGUUCAUCAUUUUAUACCAAAAAUAAUGGUCUUCUCCUUUAACUACUUUUCAUGUUCCCACAAGACCUUCCUACGGGCCUUUCAAAAGCUACUUCCUCCAGAAAAACAGCCUGAGGGUGAGGACCCUACCUCUAGCCUCAUCUUGUCUUGUUUCCCCUUCAUCUCUCUCUUGCAUGAAACACAAUAAAAAUGACACUAAGCAAACAAACUUCAUCAGGUUAAUUUGCCUACCGGCCCUCAAGCAAAGCAGUUUAAGGGAGUGCUGCCUGCGCCUGGGUUUCCGGUGAAUAAUCCCCAACACACUGAAGCCCCAGGUAGAUAUUCUGGAAUCUGGAUGGAAGCCAGAUAGCCUCCAAGUGACUCGUGGCCACAGCAGGCGUGCCAUGUGGCACAGGGUACUGAGGGCAGCUGUGCCUGGCCAGAGGGGCUUCUUCAAAAUCUUUCCCACGCGUUUGUCCAAUUCAGGCUGGCCUGGGUCACAAGUGCAGGCUGUGGUGCCAGUCUGUGUCAUGUGCUGAGGCCCUUGUCGUUCCAGGUUGGUCACAUGAGAGGGUUUGCUUUGUACAGUUGCAGCUGUUUUCCAGACCCUGCCAAGCUCAGGCUGGGGCCAUAGGCAGUAAAGAGAGGUUUUUUUCCCUAGUAGCAUUUGAGUAGAUCUUUGGCAGAAAGGAAUUACCCUAUGGAUACAGUGCAAUUACCACUGUUCUAAUAGAGUGAUAUAGAAAGCCCAAAUCAAUUGUGGAAUGAGGCAGGUAUGAAUAACUAUGAUGAUAUUACCCGAUCCAGGGGUUUGGGGACAUUACCUGCUAUGGGUAAAAGAUUACCUAUUUCACAGGGAUAAGGAAUGUGAGCUGUCUCACAGAGGAAGGUAGAGUGGAGUUAUUAGCAAGUGGAGUUAUGUGUGAGUCGUGGGCACAUAGUUUCAAUGGAGGCACAGAGGAAAGGUUGACUUUCAUUUGCGAUAUGCUUUUAAUUGAUAGUUUUGUAGGAUGCAUUUUUGACUAACAACUCACCCUGGUGCCUUAAAUUCCUGCAGCUAGAAUCACUCU